AUGACGAAGAUAACGGCACUUUUCUUUGGACCAGCCAAGGAUUUCACACAAGGCGAAGAGGAGACGACCUUGGAGUUUCAAGAGACUUCUGUGAGUCUGGAUAAUGUGCUGGUGGCAUUGAGUCACAAAUACGGAGAAAAGUUCGCGGAGUACAUCUACAACUCCUGUGGGAUUGCCGUCAAUCUGGAAUACGUUUCCUUGCAAAUAGAUCAGGAGAAGAGUACCUUCCUAGAAAUUCUGCAAAACGAGUCUCUAAAGCAAAUUACAUUGGUGGAAGGCGACGAAUUGACAGUAAUACCGCCUGUUUCGUCUGGUUAA